CUGUAGGGGCCAGACGCGCCGCGAUAAUUAGCCGCGGAUAUAUUAACGGGAAUAACCGGAUUAUGAGGAUUUGAGGAGGAGAAGUCGCCAGAAUCCGGUGUCAUACAAGGCGAGGGAUUAAAGUUAGCGCGUCUUCACUCCUCCGGUCGCCGUUAUGGGGAUAGACCGGCGGCGGAGAGCAUCGCUGGCUCUCACCUUGAACUUCCUCGCCUUGUUCCUGGCCGUGUCCGCGCUCACCACCAGCUACUGGUGCGAGGGGACGCGGAAGGUGGUGAAGCCGUUCUGCACCGGCCCGGUCACCGCCAAGCAGUCGUUCUGCAUCAGGUUCAACAGCUCCAACGUCAACGACACGCGGCUGGUGCAGUACAUCUGGGAGACCGGGGAGGAUAAGUACGUGAUGAGGAAGUUUCACACCGGCAUCUGGUUCUCGUGCGAGCAGAACAUCAACAUGACCGGUGAAAACUGCAGAAGUUUCCUUUAUGUUGCACCUUCAAAUGAAAGAGGAGUGCUCUGGCUGUGCAUUGUUGCAGAGUGCCUGUACAUCCUCCUCCUGGCCACCGGAGGCAUCCUCAUGUCCAUAGAGGUGUGUCACUUUGGCAACGUCAUUGACGGCCUCAAGCUCAACGCCUUCGCCGCCAUAUUCACUGUGCUCUCAGGUCUGUUGGGUAUGGUGGCCCACAUGAUGUUCACCACUGCUUUCCAGCUGACCGUCAGUCUGGGCCCGGAGGACUGGAAACCUCAAACGUGGGACUACAGCUGGUCAUACAUUCUGGCAUGGAGUUCCUUCACCGCCUGCAUGGCAUCCUCGGUCACCACCAUCAACCGCUACACCAAAACCAUCCUGGAGUUUAAGCACAAACGCAGAAACAUUGAGAAGAACCUGAAGAUCAAGCAGAAGCUGUUGGAGCUGGACUCUCCGGAGCAGGUGUGGGACAUGUACAUCAGCUCGGUGCCAAGCACAGCCGAAGAGCUGCUGGACCUGUCGUCCAACGGCCGCAAACUCUCCAACACAUCCAUCUUCCUGGACCUCAACGACCUGCCCGACCCACAGGGAGAGGAGUACUGCUAGAGGGGCAAGGUGUAGCAUUUUCAAACGACAGCGUGUCAUUGUCAUGUUCAGUCUGAUACAAUGAUACAUAAUUACUGUAAACAAAAUGAGACCACAGUUGAGAACUUUUGUGAUUUUUAAAGCUGCAUUAAUCAGAUUUAUGUGGUUACAGCACUGGACAUAUAACUUUCAAAGCUGAUAUAGAUAACAAGCUUUUCAAAACAGCUGCCAAUUUAACCAUGAAACUGUUGAACCCAUCUUUGCAGACUCACGUUGUAUGUUCAAGCUCACAUUUAUUUUAUUUUAUUUUGGACGGCCCUGGAAAACAGGUUAGUUAGUUAUUCAAAAAAGUUGCCUAUUUAAACAUCCAGCAGAUAUGGAGCGACAUUAACAUUCAUUUCAAGUGAUGUUUCUGGCCACCUGACAAAUGUAAGUUCAAUAUUAUUUCACCUUUUAGCUCUAUUUUGGUCCACAAAAAAAUGUCUGGCUAAGGCUGGGCGAUAAAACGACAUAAAAUAAUUAACGUGAAAUAACUUUUCCAUGAUAGAAAUGUAAGACAUGUGAAAGCCAAUGAUAAUGAGAAUAGCGCGGCGGUGAGCCAAUCGUGUGGCUGGAAUUGAGUUACGUCAUGUUAGGUUGACGCACACAGCAGCUGCGUACGUGUUAAUGUUUGGGCUAAUGCAGCGGUGAACAGCAGUACGUCAGGGGCGGGAACGAGAUAAAAGAGAAAAUGGCGACAGGAAAUACGGCGUUACCGUAGAAGACAACGGAUUCACACACAAACGAAGAGUGCGAGGAAUUCAAAUUCAAAAGUGCGGAGAUAUUUUGGCGAUUUAAAGUCCGAGAAGAAGCAGAGUAGCGAGCACGUUCCAACAGGUAAUACCACUUUUUUACCAUUUGAAGCAGCAGCAUCUUUUAGAGCACAAUUCAAAACUUUACAGUCCCAGACCCGAUCAGGUGCUGGUGGUCCCCCUAAAACAACCUGUGUGAUACCACCACCACCAACAGACCAUAGUGUCCAAAACUGGCUCUAAAUGCUUUGUGAAGUUCAUUAGCUCGUUGCUGUAUUUGUACCAUGGGUUUAUCAGAACGUCUUUACUGAAAACAGCUGCUUGCUGGAAACAAGGUUUAUGAGAGCUGUGAGUGUGAACAAAAACAGUAAAGUUGUGCGCAGUAAAAUCCAAAAUAAUCAACUGAAAGACACACGAAAAACUCUGUAGAGUUGGGGGGAACUGCAUUUGAGUAAUAAUUCUCUCUUGUAUGUAAAUAUUGCUUGAUGAAGUAGUGUCCUCUAUUUUUUAUUUUUAUUAUUAUUUUAUUUUUAUUUUUUUUGUGUGUAUCUCAACAGAAAUAUAGAUAUAGAUAUAGAUAUUCAUGCACGUGUUAUUUCCUCCAAAGCCUCAAACUCUCUCAAACAGUUUUGUUUUUACUUAGUGAGGUUACAACAGCAGUUAGUUACAGCAACAUUUGAGUUGGCAUAGAACAUGGAGAAUGUCUGAGUGAUGACGAUAAUAUUAUGCAGCAUUUUUGCCAAAUCAAAUGCUCUGUAUCUGCCAGAGGAUUGGGGACUACCACACUGUCUUUGCCAGUUUUUAUUUUUUGUAACAUUUACAUUGAAUUAGAACUUUUUAUGAUCACCCCAAUCUGGGAAAAUGAGUUUUUUCAGAAAUACUAAAAAACCUCUUGACCUCCGUAUUUGCAAAAUAAAGGUUUGCAGUCAUUUCAGCAGUGGUCUCAGUUGCUUACUGUAACUAUACUAAUGUCUCAGAAUUGAUGUGGUGACAAUGCACUGAUGCUAAAAUGCUACAUGUAGCACCUUUGAGAACUAGUGCCAAACCACAUAACAUGAGUCCACCACAUUGGCUCUACAGUGGUGUUAGUACAUGUUAACUUAGAUUAUACCUCUGCCCAAGCAAUACUGCUGUGAAGGGUCACUACUUCAACCCUGUGAGGUAAACGGAGAGUGAAGCUGAGGAUUGGACUACCAAACCAGAUAAAACUCUGUGGAGAGGACAGUGGUCUGAUCAAUGGUCCGACUCAGCCAGCACUACUCCAUCCAGAACUAGCACACUCUAAUGACUCUCAAGCCUCUUGGCUCACUGCCUGUUGGAUUUUAUUCAUCGAGGAAAAUGUACAAAUUUGCUAAAGCUGUGUAUCCAUGACAUCCAGCUGUAGAUACACAUUAUUGGACGGCUCAAUGACGAGGAAGUCAUGCUGAUUCUAAUGUGGUACUCAUACUUUAUACUGGAGCGAUGACGCACUGCCUCCCACAUGUGAACCAGGUAGCAUUAGGUAGCUUAAAACACAACUUGUCUGGUGUUUUUCCCUGUACUACUACAGAAUUCAACGUUUUUGUGUCUCGCUACGAAAGAAGUGUUUAUUAGAACUGCUUUGACUGAACUGAGAUAUAGGUGGACCUGAGGACUGCUGCCUCACCCACAGAAAUUAACUACGUCAAAGUGUAAAGGACGAUGGUUACAUGGGUAGAAGAUGCCUAUAGGCCAUGCUGAGUGCCUUUACUUACAGCAGCAUGCCUCUGAUCAAACCGCAUGCUCUGCGCUCACAACAUUUUAAUGAAGGCAACGCUGUUUCUCUGACUAAUAACUGCUUUAGAGGAAACAUAUAGCUGUCUGUGCAAACUGCCAAAACUCAUCAGUGAGACGAACACGCCUCUUUUGAAGCUCUCAGUGUUAAUAUUUACUUGAUGAGUACUUUUCUUCAUAGAAUUGUAUUGACGGAGAAGUGAGAUUGUUGUUAUAUACAGUGCUUUUAAGUGCAUUUGAAAAUGUGUAUUAUAUUUGUGUAUUUUAUUUAUUUAGUCAGUUAAAAAUCAAAUGUAUGACAAUUUUCAGAUCAAUUCUGGCUCAGUUUACAUUCAGUUUCCUCACCCUGGGUUGCAGUCAAUACUAAAGCAUGAAUUGUCUUUAUGUGUAUGUUCUUUACAGUGGUACUUUUUGUGUAGUGUUCUUUAGUUACAUUUUUGUGGAUAAUUAUUUGCAACCUAAUAUAUUGAUAUGGAUGAAACUUUCUAUGAGAAGAUUUAAUUUCGAGGUAAAUGAGAAUCACAAUAAAGCAACAUGUUUUUA